CAUUGCUUCUCCUUAUUUUUGUCCUCCUCCGUCAUGACAAACCGUGGUAAUACCGAGAUAGAGUACACACAAGUGCCCGACGGGACUGGAGAAGAUGAAUCUCUCGAAUCGAAGGCUCUUGUAGACAAAGCGGCACACGAUGCGGUUCACCAGCAUGACACAACGAUCCGGCAGUCCAUAAAAUACUACCGGUGGGCCAUCUUCUGGUGCCUAGCGGUCAGCGUAACCGUCAUCAUGGAGGGCUACGAUGCAAUUCUACUGAGCAAUUUCUGGGCAUAUCCAACAUUCCAGAGAAAGUAUGGCAAUUGGGUUGGUGUCAGCGAAACCACCCGUUCCGGCUACCAGCUCACGCCGGGUUGGCAGGCCGCACUGGGCAACGGGGCCGGGAUAGGCUCUUUCUUUGGAGCUUUCGCCGAUGGCUAUCUGGUUCAUCGCUUCGGUCCCCGAAAGACGAUUUUGGGCGCCCUUGGGGUCAUGGUCCUCUGUGUCUUUGCUGUGUUUUUCGCCCAGAACAUUGAGACUCUUUUUGUUGGGCAGAUCUUGUGCGGCCUUCCUUGGGGCGUCUUUGCCAGCACGUCCCCAGCAUAUGCGAGUGAGCUCCUCCCCAUGAAACUCCGUGUCUACUUCACCAGCUGGACCAACAUGUGCUUCAUCAUCGGCCAGUUCCUCGCCUCUGGAGUCCUGCGAGCCUGUCUGGUCCGCGACGACGAAUGGGGGUAUCGUAUCCCCUUCGCAUUGCAGUGGUUUUGGCCCAUGUGGCUCAUCCCACUGCUUUACUUUGCCCCAGAGUCGCCUUGGCACCUUGUCCGGAAGGGCAGACUUGAAGAAGCCGAGCGCUCACUGCAACGUCUUCAAGAUCCCGAUGCCCCGCUGUCGACCAAAGAGACGCUGGCUUACAUUGUCUGCACCAACAAUCUGGAGCAAAAGAUGUCGGUCGGGACGGGAUACAUGGACUGUCUUCGCGGCUUCGAACUCCGCCGAACGGAGAUUGCAUGUCUCAGCUUCGGGGGUCAGGUCCUCUGUGGGACAGCGCUGGCUUACAACGCCACUUACUUCUACGAGCAGAUAGGCCUCCCCGCGUCACGCAUCUACAAUCUGAAUUCCGGCGGCUACAUCCUAGCACUCGGGGGCGCAUUUUUCUCAUGGCUCUUUCUGAUACCUCACUUUGGCCGUCGCACAAUCUACCUUUGGGGCUCGGGAGUCAUGUGCUUCAUGCUGUACCUGAUCGCGGUGCUGACCUCGUGGAACUCCCACAAGGGCGUCGCCGAGGCCCAAGCCUACCUCACCAUGGCUUGGAAGUUUGUAUAUCAGCUGUCGGCCGGCCAGCUGGGGUGGGCGAUCCCGGCCGAGGUAGGCAGCACGCGCGUGAGGCAAAAGACGCUAAUUUUGGCGAGGAACGCAUACUAUCUGCUUCACGUCGUGGCCAACACCCUACAACCGUACUUUAUGAACCCUACGGCGUGGAACGUCGGGGCCAGAACCGGCUUCCUCUGGGGCACCACCACCUUGUUGUUUUUCAUUUGGGCGUUUUGGAGACUUCCCGAGACCAAGGAUAGAACGUACGAGGAGUUGGAUAUUUUGUUUGCCCAACGCACGCCUGCAAGAAAGUUUAAAUCAGCAAGAGUUGAUGCUUUUAGUCACGAUGCGCACGAGCUCAAGACCAGUGACAAUAUUUAG